AUGAGAGGCUUCCGACCCAACGACACCAAAGGCCGGCGACAGCAUCCUUCUCAGCAACCGUCGAGCCACAACGGCGCCCAAGAUGCGUUAGCAGCGACACGCGAAGAUGGAUUUUUCGACCCCAACAUGUUCUCCUGGGAAGAAGAUGUACCUGCGGGUCUGCUGCCCGAGGACCAAUUCGACCGUGCUAUGGAGGCGCUGCACUUUCCCGCGGCCAUGUCGUGCUCAACCCCAUGCCAAGGUACCUUGUCGGCGUUCUCAGCACACCAAGGGGUAUCCCGCAGUGCCACUGGGCCCAGCAUACCCGAGGUGGAAAAAAUGCUGACGACGCUGUUGCAAAACAUCAGUGAGCACAUUCUCACGAUACCACCGCUUUCCAUGUGGCCGUCCGCGUCCUCUUCCAGCAGCGGCACAAACAACUCGCGAUCGACCCCUGAAACCUACCCGCACCCAGACGGCUCUCAAGGAGAUACCGGCUUUGCCAUUGAGGAGACGUUCAGCCUUACUCAGACCUUGGUCGGUGCCUAUCAAUCUUUCGUCUCGUCUCUCAACCGCACGAGCCACCAGGGCCUUUGUACAACACAAGCAAAAACAAGCCACUCGUCUUUAUUUCUGCUCAUCUCGUGCCAUCUCCGGCUCCUUGAGAUGUGGGACGUGGUCUCCAGCACAUGGGGCACUGUGUUGCGCUUGCCACGAUGGCUACGGCGUCUGCGAGAAUCUCCGACCGAGCAACACGGUGGCCAAAAACGUAGCGAAAGGACCUCUCUCGAUGAAGCAACUCGGUUGUCGGGCGAAGCACUUGCGGGGCGGGCAACUGAGAUGGUCCAGCGUGUCGACGAAAUCCAACUUCAAGUCCGCGACGCAAACAUCUGA